AUGGGAGUUUGUGCAGAGUAUUCAUAUUUUGCUGUGGAAUACAUCGCAGAACUCUAUCCAUCUGUCAAAACAUGCGAGUACAUCAUGCUGAAACCUCAUUCUCUAGCUGGUGAGCUGAGACUCAGGAAAAUUAGGAGACUUGAUGAAGGCCAUACAGGAACGAAUAAGAAAGAAGAGGCUAAUGUAGCACACUCUGACCGCUUGAGGGAUUUUAUGCGUAAAAGGGAACGAGGAGAACUUUUAAUACAGAAAAUAAACAAAAUGCAAGAUAAGCUUUUAAAGAAGAUACAGCUUUCGGUGUCCAAGGAUGGGUUCGUUCAUUUUGGAGACACCGUGAUGCUUUUGAACCCAGUCAACGAAUCCCGGGUGGGGAAUGGCCCCGGCACGUGCGGCAGCCUGGCCCCUCGCGAAGUCAGCGCAGUCGAGAGCACAGACCCCGUGGGCCGAAACGCUUUCUGUGUUUUAAGUGUUGAUGGAGUCACAGUAGGUGAACCGAUUAGAUUUGGGCAAAACUUUCGUCUUGGGACAACAGGAGCAUUUUCUGACCAAAUGUUCUAUCUAGCAAGUGACCAUAAAUCAUUUAUAAGAUUUGCUAAAAAAUCUUACCUUCAGCAAGUAUUUUUGACAGAUCAGCUUUCCUAUUUGACUUGCUGGCAAGCUACCUGCUUGGAUCCACAGCUGCGUCUUGAAUAUGAAGGAUUUCCAGUUCCUGCAAACACUAAAAUUAUUAUUACUCAUUGCUAUACUAAUCGGAGCUUAGCUGUUCCAAGGAACUUUUGGACAAGGUCUUAUUUUGGAAAAGAAUAUGAAGUAAUUUGUCACACUUAUCUGGACUCCCAUAAAGCUGAAGAAGAUAAGAAUCACUGGGAAGUAGUUACAGGAAAUCACAGCGAUGAGGACCGUACAAUGAUUGAUAGACCUGACCCUCGCCCGGAGGGGGAUCAGAAAGAAGGAGUUUUGUGA